UCUCAGAAAGAUGGCUACCUGCGGUAGUCACUGUCACUUGUACCUGAAAAUAUUUGCCUUACUUUGCCUUCACCUCUUACCAGUGGCAAGUAACUAUGUUGAGGCAAGAGCCAGCCAGCUCUUUAGCAGUGGGCAUACCAAUAACUGGGCCGUUUUGGUGUGUACCUCAAGGUUCUGGUUUAAUUACCGGCACGUGGCCAACACUCUCUCGGUGUAUCGGAGCGUGAAGCGGCUAGGAAUUCCGGACAGUCAUAUUGUGCUGAUGCUGGCAGACGAUAUGGCCUGUAACCAUAGAAACCCCAAGCCAGCCACUGUCUUCAGCCACAAGAACAUGGAGCUGAAUGUGUAUGGGGACGAUGUGGAGGUGGAUUACCGGGGAUACGAGGUUACCGUGGAGAAUUUCCUUCGUGUUCUGACUGGGAGGUUGCCUCCGAGUACCCCUCGGUCAAAACGAUUGCUGUCCGACGACCGCAGCAACAUCCUGAUUUAUUUGACCGGUCACGGGGGGAACGGCUUCCUGAAGUUCCAGGAUUCUGAGGAAAUAAGCAACGUGGAGCUGGCGGACGCCUUUGAACAGAUGUGGCAGAAGAGAAGGUACAACGAGCUGCUCUUCAUCAUCGACACCUGCCAGGGGGCCUCAAUGUACGAGAGGUUCUACUCCCCCAACCUGAUGGCCCUAGCCAGCAGCCAAGUGGGAGAAGACUCCCUCUCACACCAGCCUGACCUGGCCAUCGGAGUUCAUCUGAUGGACAGGUACACCUUUUACCUGCUGGAGUUCCUAGAGGACAUCCACCCUGCAAGCCAGUCCAACAUGAAUGAUCUGUUUAAGGUCUGUCCAAAGAGUCAAUGUGUGUCUACUCCUGGCCACCGUACCGACCUGUUCCAGAGGGACCCUGGCAGCGUCCUCAUCACUGACUUCUUUGGCAGCGUCCGCAAAGUGGAGAUCACCACAGAGACCAUCAAUCUGACCUCACCCAUUGUGCAGCAGGAGGACAAGCACAUGAUGGGUGAGCCGACGUCAGAGGCCCAGUCAUAUGUGGACCAGCUGCCGGUUGCUGAAAUAAUUCAUCAGAAACCCAAGCGCAAGGACUGGCAUCCUCCCGACGGCUUCAUCCUGGGACUCUGGACCCUCAUCCUGCUGGUGUUCUUCAAGACCUACGGCAUCAAGCACCUCAAACACAUCUUCUGAGCCCUUGGGGACCGGGGGACAAAGGCAGGGGCUGUACCCCAACACUGGACUGAUGAUAGCAGCCUGCCUUGCUCUCUCCCUGGGUUUCGCUGCUAUAGGGUGGGCAGGCUGGUUAGUACAUGCACAGGGACCAUGGCCUUUCUGUGGCAGAGAGGGGCAUGGAGGCGGGGUUGGCUAUGUCAAGCCUGUUCAUGUAAGAGUGGACAAAGAAGACUCUUCUUUCUCUUCUCAAUGUUCUGUGCGUCAGUUUUUUUUCUUUUCUUGUUUGAGAUGUUGAAAGGGUUUCUAUAAAAAGGGGGAAAAUGGAGGAAAUGAGGCAGUGAAAGAGUAAAAGAGUUGCGUAACGUGAAGAAAAUUCAGCUCAGAGGAACAGACGGGGCAUUGUGGGUAACGGUCGGCCUGAGCCUCUUCUUUUAAUGGAAGUCAUUGUUCAUUAGCAUCGUCCAUCAAACGAAGACUUGUAUGUAUUUCCUGUUCGAACUGUUCUUUUUUCUUUUUUCAUAAUUUAUUGCGUGUUCUGUUUUAUGCACUUUUGUGCCCCGGUUCUGGAAUAGGCAUGACGAGCUGCCUGCCAUAUGGAUCGAGCGCCCAUAGAUGUAAAUUUAAUUUCACUGAAAGCUUCCCUGUCUCCUUUGUUUCGGCAGCAGGCUUUUACGUAAGAGACUGAACUGCGUCUUGAGUUGUGAAGUCGCUCUGAAAUGCACUGAGGCUGGAAGAAUACGUCCGGCUCAUUAAAGAUGACGUGGGCAGGACUGUAAACGCGCCGCUUCAUGGGGUGUAGGUGCAGAUGGAGUGCGAUGGUACGGCUUUCUGAUUUAACGGAUAAUCCUGUUGGAUUACCUAUCAGUCCGUCAUCCAUUUGCAGAUCACGUUAGUGUUUCCCCCAUAGCGUUUUGUGCAGGGUGUUUAGGCCAGUGUGACUAAGUCCAGACUGGGUAAGAAGGUCCUCCUGAUGCCCUCUCAUGGCUUGGAGGAAAAACAGAUGAGGAGGUUAUUGACAUCAUAUGACGGGCCGAUGGCAGCUAUGCACGUCUAACACUGCCCUCUUAUGCACAGUGAAUGGAGACCGUUAUUGGUUGCUUCUCCCUUUUGUUUUUUUUGUUAGUUUGCUUGAUGUUUAGAGAAGAGAUGUUUAGAGAAGACCGACUC